GCAUUUACCAUCGCCGUGGAGUGGGCGCUCUCUUCCGCUUGAUAAACCCCCAGCCCCCCCACCACAGGCCCCGACUGUGCCCAUCGCAGACGACGCCCACAAUGGCAACGCACGAGUCCAAGGACGCCUCGCACGAGGUCAACACCCCCGAGCACUCGGUCGCAGACCCCAACGGCGCCCUGGAGCUCCCCAACUCGUGGAAGUACAGGCGCGUCAGCCUCUUCGGCUACACGUUCCCCUGGUAUGCCUCGCCGCCCACCCAGCUGGUCAUCGUCUCCUUCGUCUGCUUCAUGUGCCCGGGCAUGUUCAACGCACUCAAUGGCAUGGGCGGAGGCGGCCAGAUGGACGCCACCGCCAACAACCACGCGAACACGGCCCUGUAUUCGACCUUCUCCGUCGUCGGCUUCUUCGCCGGAACCUUCACCAACAAGCUCGGUAUCCGCACCGCUUUGUCCUUUGGCGGCAUCGGCUACUCCGUCUACGUAGCCUCGUUCCUCUGCUACAAUCACACCCACAAUCUCGGCUUCACUACCUUCGCUGGCGCGCUUCUUGGUGUGUGCGCCGGUCUGCUGUGGUGCGCCCAGGGCGCCAUUAUGAUGUCCUAUCCCCCUGAGGCGUCCAAAGGCCGCUACAUUUCAUGGUUCUGGAUGAUUUUCAACCUGGGUGCUGUCAUUGGCGGUCUGAUUCCGCUGGGCCAGAACAUCCACACCACUACGCCGAAGCCCGUCACCGAUGGCACCUACGUCGGAUUUCUGGUCCUCACUCUCAUCGGUGCCGCGCUUGCGUGGACACUCGUCGACGCCAAGGCCGUCAUCCGUGACGAUGGCUCCAAAGUGAUUGUGAUGAAGCACCCGUCGUGGAAGUCGGAGAUCUUGGGUCUUUGGGAGACUUUCUUCACGGACCCUUACAUCAUCGCCCUGUUCCCCAUGUUCCUCGCGUCCAACUGGUUUUACGCCUACCAUUUCACCGAGAUCAACGGCGCUUACUUCAACCUCCGUACCCGCGCCCUGAACAGCGUAGUCUACUACUCGAUGCAGAUCGUGGGCGCUUAUGUCUUCGGCUUUGCCCUCGACUUCAAGGGCGUCCGCCGAACCACGCGUGCCAAGGCUGCCUGGGUCGCGCUCCUGGCUCUCAUCAUGAUCGUUUGGGGCUGUGGUCUCAAAUUCCAGAGGACCUAUGACCGCGCCUGGGCGGAGGACGAGGCCAACGUCAAGAAAGACUGGUCGGAUCCCGGAUUUGCCGGGCCAUUCGUUCUCUACAUGUUCUAUGGCUUCGCCGAUGCCGCAUGGCAAACCUGCGUCUACUGGUUCAUGGGUGCCUUGACAAACAACGGACGCAAGCUUGCCAACUUUGCUGGUUUCUACAAGGGAAUCCAGUCGGCCGGUGGUGCCAUCACCUGGGCUUUGGACGACAACAAGAUUUCGUACAUGAACAUGUUUGCCUCCAACUGGGGUCUCCUGGCCGGAAGUCUCCUCGUUGGCCUGCCAGUGAUCCUUUGGAAGGUCGAGGACAGCGUGUCGCUGGAGAAGGAUAUCAAGUUCACCGACGAGACCAUCGAUGAAGUCGCUGCGAAGACACACGUCGCCCGCGGCGGCAGCGUGGACGUUUCGGAGAAGGUUUGAGUGGAUCGUGGAGAUGUCGACGUGAAGAGAGGUGCUGCACGGUACAUGCUUCU